AUGAACGAUCCUUUACCUACCCGCUGGGAAGUCGAAUUGGAAUUCAUCCAGUCGCUAGCUAACAUACAAUACUUGAAUCACUUGGCGCAAAAUAAUUAUCUCCAAGACCCCAAGUUUUUGAACUACUUGCAAUACUUGAACUACUGGAGAGAACCAGAAUACGCCAAACACUUAGUUUACCCAAACUGCUUGCACAUAUUGAGCUUGCUACAGAGCGAGGAUUUCAGAAAGAACAUUUUGAGCCCAGAUUUCAUGAGUACUGUCAUGAACGACAUGGUGAAGAGAUGGCAGAACACUGAAAACGUAAUAGACGUUAGCCCUGACCAGCCCAACGGAACCGCCGAGAGCCAGGGAUAG